CAGGCUGUCAGAAGCCACAGCUUACUCUCAGUGGGACAUCAGGAAGAGUGCCAAUGAGAUGGCCUCUGGGCAAAAUGGGAAACCGCUGAUUGGUGAUUCACACUAACUGGACUGGAGAGAGCAAGUCACUUUAUUUAGACUGUGGCCAUCCAUGGCUGAUCCACUUGUAGCACUGGCUUGUGGACUGUCUGCAGCAUUUCUGUUCCUGUUGCUGUUUGGCCUAUCAGUCUAUCUACUGUGGAGGAAGAGACGAACUCAAACGCUCUACAGGGGACUGAUACCUACCACCCCCACAAUCCCAAGAUGCACCGCUCCAGUGCUUCAGACAUCACAGAGCAGCAGCUAUGGCUCAGGUGAUGUUCCUUUCGUCGUGCCUCCUCAAUUCAAAAGAACAUCCAAUAAUGAGGGGAAAGAGGGAAGAGAGUAUGCUGAGGAAUGGGAACUCCAUCCGGAUCUGCACACGCAGCGAGGCUCUCUAACAGUAGGGAGUUGGUUUCCCCUGGGCAGCUUAAGGCCAGACCUGUACCAGCUCCCAGAGGAACCCAGUGAAUGGGCCCUUCCCAGUGGCUCAGCUGUUCGUCUGUGGUUCGCUCUGCGGUACCAGCAGGAGAGAGAGCAGCUGGUGGUGUCUCUGCUCCGAGCUGCUAACCUGCCUGUUUGGUGCCAGAGUAAUGCCACACUGGUCAAACUGCAGCUGUUGCCGUCUGAUGACCGGCGACACCGCCAGGCCAAAGCACGACGGAAAGGAUGUCAUCCGCAGUUCAACGACACCUUUGUGUUUCAGGUAUCUAAUAGCUGUGUUGACCAGUGCUCUCUGAACAUGAGCAUGUACACUGUGGACCAGAAGAAGCACCAUCUACUGGGUCAAGUUCUGAUUCCCCUCAGACAUUCUGAACUAAAGGAGGCAGCAGGCAAAGUGCAAUGGAGGGAUCUGGACAAUGAAAGUGAUCAACCCCUCUCAAAAAAUGGUGACAUCCAGGUGUCUUUGAACUACAAUCAGUCCCUACACCGCCUCACUGUGGUUGUUUUACGAGCACGAGGGUUGCAGUGUUCCAGUGAUGCAGGUGUGUGUGCCCAGGUCUCUCUGAAGAUACAUACUCAGGUGGUGAGAAACAAGUGGACCACUGUGGCAAAAGGAAACAAUCCAUCCUUUAAUGAGAGGCUUACCUUCAGACUCCUCCCCAUGCAGCUGGACACAGCCUGUCUGACCCUACAGCUCCAGCAGCCUAGCACAGCGGAACCUGUGUCGUUGGGGAUUGUGGUCAUUGGGCCGUUCAUGUAUGCGAGGGGCAGAGAGCUGGAACACUGGAACGACAUGGUCAGCAAACCACAGGAGCUGGUCAGGCAAUGGCACCCACUGGGAUCCGCUGACACAGUACAGGGCCCUCACUGAACAACAUGCAACAAACUCAAUGUAACCUCCAUCUCUUUGAAAAGAACGCUUGACUUUUUCAUGUAUUUAAGGUGGAAUUGUUUUUUCAGAACAAAGCUGAUGACAAAAAAUCAAACGGAAUUAAACAAAGUUAAAAGAAAAGGUUUAUUGAUAGAAUACAUUUGUCAAUGAGGUUUGCUUGUAAUUACAUCAUUUAAAAAUAAUAAGUCACAUCAGAACAAUUGUGUGACUUAAUGCAGGAGGUAAAAUACAGUCCAGUUGUACCACAGGGUUCCCACAAUUUUACACUUUUGACCCAUGAAUUUCCAUUACCCUUCAAGUUGUUUGUGAUUAAUGGAUAAGGAUUUUGUUUAAAAUAUAAUUUGGAUUCGGACUGAUUUGCAUUCAGCCAUCCAUUCUCCAAAGCUCUUGUAGGGUCACAGGGAUUGCUAUUGAAUCGCUCAGACCAGUUUGGUUUGAUUGAUUCAUUAAAAAGAGCCAAUUCAAUAGAAUGAUUCACUUACAAACUGGACAUAGAUUAUCAUUCAAAAGAUUGG